AUGAGCUGCCAGCCGCAGAUGGGCAAGCGGGGGCUGCUCAGCACGGCACAGUCCAGCGCGGGUGUGGGGCCUGCGGAGGGUGCUGCCCCGAGGACCUGGGUCCUGGACCCCUCCGGGGAUCUGCACUACUGGUGGCUGAGUGUCAUGGUGCUUCCCAUCCUGUACAACUGGAUCAUCCUGAUCUGCAGGUCCUGCUUCCCCGCGGUGCAGCAGCAGCACCUGGCCCUGUGGCUGAGCCUGGAUUACCUGAGUGACCUGCUCUACCUGCUGGACAUCGCAGUGCGUUUCCACACCGGGUUCCUGGAGCAGGGGAUCCUGGUGCGGGACCGGGCCCAGAUCUCCCAGCGCUACCUGCGCUCCGCACACGUGCCGUGGGACGUGGCCUCGGUGCUGCCCACCGACCUGCUGUACCUGCAGCUGGGGCUGCACGUGCCGGCCGUGCGGGCCAACCGGUUCCUGCGCACGCCGCGCCUCUUCGAGGCCUUGGACCGGCGGGAGACGCGCACGGCCUACCCCCACGCCUUCCGCAUCGCCAAGCUCAUGCUCUACGUCUUCGUCACCAUCCACUGGAAUGCCUGCAUCUACUACGCGCUCUCGGGCGCCAUCGGCUAUGGGGCGGACGCCUGGGUGUACCCCAACCACAGCCAGCCCGGCUUCGCCCGCCCGCUGCGCCAGUAUCUGUACAGCUUCUACUUCUCCACGCUGGUGCUGACCACCGUGGGCGACACGCCCCCGCCCCAGCGCCAGGAGGAGUUCCUCUUCAUGGUGGCCGGCUUCCUGCUGGCCGUCAUGGGCUUCGCCACCAUCAUGGGCAGCAUGAGCUCCGUCAUCUCCAGCAUGAGCACGGCCGAGGCCGCCUUCUACCCCGACGCCGAGCGGCUGAAGGCCUACCUGCGGCUGCAGCGCGUGGGCCGGCGCCUGGAGACCCGCGUGGCCCGCUGGCACCAGCACCUGCAGCUCAACAAGAAGGUAACCAACGAGCAGCAGGUCCUGCAGCACCUGCCCGAGCGGCUGCGGGCCGAGGUGGCGGUGAGCGUGCACCUGGCCACGCUGCGCAAGGUGCAGCUCUUCCAGACCUGCGAGCGGGGCCUGCUGGAGGAGCUGGUGCUCAAGCUGCGGCCCCAGGUCUACAGCCCGGGCGAGUACGUGUGCCGGAAGGGCGACAUCGGGCGGGAGAUGUACUUCAUCCGCGAGGGACAGCUGGCCGUGGUGGGCGACGACGGGCGCACGCGCUUCGCCAUGCUGGGCGAGGGGCUCUACUUCGGCGAAAUCAGCAUCAUCAACAUCAAGGGGAACAAGUCGGGGAACCGGCGCACGGCCAACAUCCGGAGCAUCGGCUACUCGGACCUGUUCUGCCUCUCCAAGGAGGACCUGCAGGAGGUGCUGGGGGAGUUCCCCAGUGCCAAGGCCGCGCUGGAGGCCAAGGGCCGGGAGAUCCUGCUGGGGAUGGACAAGCUGGACGUGAACGCCGAGGCGGAGGAGAUAGCGCGCCAGCAGGAGGCCGAGCGGCGCACGGGGGCCCUGGAGGACGCGUUGGAUGCCCUGCAGACCAAGUUCGCCCGCCUGCUAGCCGAGCUGGAGUCCAGCGCCUUCAAGCUGGCCCUGCGCAUCGAGCACCUCGAGUGGCAGACGCAGGGCUGGGCUGGCGCCGGCGGGGAGGGCCAGGGGGCUGCGUCGGGGCAGUGA